UCCAGAAAAGAAGAAGCGUAAAAAAUCCCCAAAUUGAGACGAUUCUUCCAAUCUUCAAAAACCCUAAUCUGAGACCACCGAUUCUGAUCUUUCAAAAUGGGGAUGAAAUUUUUGAACAAGAAGGGAUGGCAUACAGGAAGUAUAAGAAACAUAGAGACUGUAUGGAAAGCCGAACAGAAACGUGCUGCUGAAGAUCUGAAAAUUGAAGAGCUCCGUAAACAAAUCAAAGAAGAAAGAGAGAAAGCUGAAUUCCGUCAGCUUCAAGUUGAAGCUGGUCUUGUUCCGAGGCAAGAGAGAUUAGAUUUUCUGUAUGAUUCUGGGUUGUCGGUUGGAAAGCCUAGUUCUGCUGAUGGUUUUAAGGAGCUUGAAGCAUUACCAACUGCUGCUCCAGUAGCCUCAUCGUCGACGGCAAAGCCAGAAGCAUCUAAUCCAGGAGCUUUAUUCGAAGAGAAGCCUCAGUCUGCUAAUGAUGCAUGGAGGAAACUUAAUUCUGAUCCUCUGCUCCUAAUCCGGAAGCGGGAGCAGGAAGCGCUUGCUAGAAUCAAGAAUAACCCUAUCCAGAUGGCCAUGAUUAAAGAAUCUGUUGGCGGAAAGAAGAAGCAUGAUGAUAAAGAACGCAAGAAGAAAAAGAAGAAAUCAAAGCAUUCCUCAUCUAAAGGUUCAGUGGGUACGAAGGAUGAUGCCGCUACUAGCAAGGGUGAAGAAAGAAAAGAAAAGAGCCAUAGGCAUGACUCGGGGCAUCCAGACAAUCGUAGCUCAGACUCUGAAGCCGACAUAUAUGAAAGGAAGGAGAGGAAUAAGAAGAGUUAUCAUACAUCAACACAUAACAGAUCAGAUACAGAACUUGACUCAACUGAAAGGGAUGAGAGGAAUAAGAGGAGUUAUCAUAGGUCAACACGUAACAGAUCAGAUUCCGAACCUGGCUCACCUGAAAGAGGGGAUAGGAUGAGUUAUCAUAAAGCAACACAUAACAGAUCAGAUUCAGAACCUGAGUCAACUGAAAGAGAGGAGCGGGAUAGGAGAAGUUAUCAUAAAUCAACUGAAAGAGAGGAGCGGGAUAGGAGAAGUUAUCAUAAAUCAACUGAAAGAGAGGAGCGGGAUAUGAGAAAUUAUCAUAAAUCAACACGUGACAUAUCAGAUUCGGAACCUGACACAACUGAUAGAGGGGAGAGGAAUAGGAGGACUUAUCACGGAUCAACACAUUCAGAGUCGGAGUGGAGUAGAAAGAGGUCUAGUCAUGAUUACAGUUCAUUCGAAAACAAUGAGAAGAAGUCUUACACUGAAACCAUUCGCGCAACAAAUGACAGACCAGACACAGAAGAUGAUUGGCGUAGUAAGUCACGUCCUAAGCAUCGACAGACUGCGGUGAAGCUUACUGAAGAAGAGAAGGCUGCUAAAUUGAGAGAGAUGCAAAUGGAUGCUGAGGUGCAUGAGGAACAGAGAUGGAAGCGGCUGAAGAAAGCAGCAGAGGAUGACGCCUUAGAGGAAAAACGAUCAGCUAUUCGGAAAGAAGCCACUUUCUUGGAUGAGGCACGAAAGAGUGCCUAUGGAUCCGGGAAAGGUGGGAGCUCCACGAUAGAAGAGAGUGUCCGUCGACGUAAAUUUUUCAUGCAGGGACAGGCUGCCGCUGGUGGCGAGACCAAUGCAUUUAGGCGUUAAACACUCCCCCAAACUCUUUGUUUGUAUUGAAUUCUCGCAUAAGCAGAGAAUGAUCAUCGUUUCUCUCUGGAUAAAUUUUUGUAAUCAUACUCUAGAAAAUAUGUAAACAGGCUUAGAGCAUAAAUGCAAGUCCUGAGACUUAAAUUUAAUUAAGAGAUGGAAUGUAAAUUAACAAAAUAAAUUUAUUUUCCCCUUUUAUUUUU